UCAAGGAGGAGAGCCUGCCGUCAGAGAAGGAGCUGCUGGAGAUGGUGAGCAUGGAGGAGAAACAGGUGGAGGAGGUCCCUCAGCUGAUCUGCGGGUCGGUGGAAGCAGAGUCCUCCCUGACCAUUGUGGAGAGCCCGCCCCCUCCCUGCAUGGAGGCUGGGGUCGGAGGUCAGCCUGCAGGGGAGAGCGGGGCGGAGAGCCAGGGCGAGGACACGCCCACAGGUCUCUCCGUCCCUCCUGUGGUCUCCUCCUCAGCAGUGACCUCCCCGGUCACCUCCUCCUCCUCGUCAGACUCUGCUCCCCCCAAACCAAAGAAGCCUCGAGGACUGGAGCUGCCGUCAUCGCCCUCCCUCCCGCCCGGCCUGUCCCUGGAUAAGGUCAAUGCAGCUGUUAACAGUCUGCUGGCUCCUGGAUCAGCGACCAACACCCUAACCCCGACCGUCAUCACCUCCCACGCCCUGGUACACACCCUGCCU